CCGACAACACCGAACUCGCAAGAAUGCCGAAUACUCCACCAGUUUCGCAAGAAGAAUGGGUGAAAGUAGUGAAAAACCGGCUGCACACCAAUGGCUUCAGAAUUACAGACAUUUCUUUCUCAGAGCUGGAGAAGGAGAACAGAGGGUUCCUCGGAGAACAUUACAAGGCCAAGGUAACAAUCAGCAGAGGCGCCGAAGGAAAUGAUGAAACCAAAAUAUUGCGGUUUUUCUUGAAGAACUCCCCUCAAGAGGACGGCUCCCACGCAGACUUCGUUAGGGCAGGCAACGCAUACCAGAAAGAAACUUUCUUCUUCGAGACACUGAGGCCACUUCUCAGCAAGCACUUGAAGGGCACACCAGAAGAGACGUCGACGCUGUUCUCCGUGAUCAGCCCUUGCUACUACAUCAGACCGGACCUACUGGUGCUGGAGGACCUCUCCCCGCAAGGGUACUUCCAGCUGGAGAAACGCACCCUGCUCAACUACGAUCAGUGCCUGGCCGUGGUGGAAGCCCUGGCGCGUUUCAACGCCGCGUCGCUCAUCUUCGAGGAGAAGGAGUCCGCAGCAGGUGGGCGGCAGUGCCGCCUGGGAGACAUGUUCCCCAUCCUGCGAAAGGAUACCUUCUUUGACCAGCCGGAAGACACAGUGUACGGCCAGGCGAUGGCGGCCGGCGUGACCUGUAUGUCGGGCCUGAUCGAGCUGUCCGCCAAGUACGGCCGCGGCACGCCGAACCACGAGCUCGUCCAGGGCCGGCUGGACGCCACCAUGCGCAGCCUCUUCCCCCACUUGCGGCCGUCCGACAGCGAGCGGAACGUCCUCUGCCACCGAGACAUGUGGCUAAACAACAUUCUCUUCCGGUGUGAGCAGGGCAGGCUGUCGUGCCGGCUGGUGGACAUGCAGCUGAUAACGUACUGCCCACCGACCACCGACCUGAUGAUGCUGCUGUACCUGACGACGACGCGCGCCUUCCGGCGGCAGUUCGAGGCGCCGCUGCUGGCCGCCUACCACGAGACGCUGGCCGCGCUGCUGCGCCGCCACGGCCUCGACGUGGACCGCGUGCUGCCCUGGCCGGCCUUCCAGCAGUCCUGCCGCAAGGCGCGCCGCGUCGGCCUCCUCAUCGCCAGCUUCUACUGCCCAGUGUCCGCCUACUCCAAGUACGCUGCCGAGUACGACAUCUACGACUUCAUAGUGCGCGAUCGCACCCAGCAGACGCGAGAGGCCUACCUCACGGACGCACAGUACCGCUUCAGGGUCGACGAAGUCAUCGAGGAGAUGGUCGAAGACUACAUCCUCUAAGCACCUCUCGGAUAACCUGCUGUCGUUGUACUGAAGGGGUGGCGAUCUGCCACAAGCAGUUAAGGGAAAGAAGAUACCCAAGAAUCCAUCAUGAAACCACAUUACUUCAAGUACGUGUGUAGAAACCUCUCGUAAGAUGGCAGUAGUCUGAGAGGAAAACAGGUCUGUGAUACUAGGUAACUGAGGAAAUUAAAGUGGAUGUGGUUUCGGUUCUUAGA